AUGAAAUGGAAAUCAAUCAUUCAUACUGCUUAUUCAAUAAAGAGUAUUGUAGAAUAAAUAGAUGGCUCUAGACACUUUAGCUAUGUCUUUAAAAAGAAAAAAAUUUAAUUUAACAACCAAACAUAGGAGUUUUUAUAUAGAGAAAAAGAAGAAAAUUAUCUAAUAUUUCUUAUGCAUAAAAAAUGA